AUGCGAAAAGAGCUCCCAUCGCCAUGCACCUCGUCGAGCAGGGUUGCAGGGACCGAGUCGAGAUCUAACAGUCCCGGCAAACAUCUCCAGGCCCAAAGCCACAUGUGCCUGGAAGCAAAUAGCAAAGCUUUGGCAAGUGGCAGUGGGGGGAGCACGUUGGAUUUGCACACUGAAGGACCUUUGCUCUUUCUUGCAAAGGAAGAUAUUCCCCCGUCCGAAAGAGACAUGAAAGUGGCCGAUGCGGUUCUGCCGUCAGGAGAGUGGGACUGGAACAAACGUAGUCACUCCCAGCUAGCUGGUUCGGACUAA